AUGGGUAUUUCAGGCUUGCUGCCCCUGCUCAAGGACAUCCAGCACUCGACGCAUGUAGAGGCGUACCGUGGAAAGACGCUUGGCAUCGAUGCAUAUGUGUGGCUUCAUCGCGGUGCCUACGCCUGUGCGACAGACCUGGCGCUAGGCCGUCCCACGACGCGGUUCAUCACGUACGCGAUGCACCGCAUUCGUAUGCUUCAGCACUACGGAGUCAAGCCAUACGUCGUGUUUGAUGGAGCACAGCUGCCGAGCAAGGCGGGAACGGAACGCGAGCGCGCGGCUCGGCGCCGCGAGCAUCGGAUGCGGGGCCUGCAGUUCCAUGCUGAGAAGCGCGCCUCGGCCGCUCGUGAUGCAUUUGUGCGCAGCGUCGAUAUCACGCCCGCCCUUGCGUACGAGCUGAUCAAGCAGCUGCGCGUGCACGGUAUACCCUAUCUUGUUGCGCCAUACGAGGCUGAUGCGCAGCUUGCCUACCUCGAACGCCACGGCAUUAUCGACGCCAUUAUCACAGAAGACUCCGACCUUUUGGUCUUUGGGUGCAACAAGGUGCUGUUCAAGUUGGAUACGUACGGGAACUGCCUGGAAAUCGACCGUGCGCGCUUCGACAAAGUCAAGCAACUAUCGUUCGAGGGAUGGACGCACCAAGAAUUCCGUCAGAUGGCCAUUCUCUCGGGCUGCGACUACCUCCCCUCGAUUACCGGCAUGGGUCUCAAAAAUGCACACAAGUUUCUUCGGAAGUAUGAGUCAGUGGAAAAGGUGCUUCGAGCUCUGCGUCUAGAGGGCAAGUGGCGCAUCCCGCCGACGUAUGCCGCCGACUUUGAGCGCGCCGAGUUUACCUUUGCUCACCAGCGCGUGUUCGACCCGCGGUGCAGCGACAUGUCCACCCUCACACCCCUUCCCUCUGAUGCUCGUGCAGAUCUCGUGGCGGCGAUUGGCGCGCCGCUCUCUGUGGAAGAAGCGCGCGCCAUUGCACGCGGCGACUUGUGCCCGAUCACCCGGCGCCACUUUGUGCAGCAGGUCAUGACGCCGUCCCAACCUACACUGCGGACCUUUUUCGGAGCAGCCACCGCGCCUUGCAAGACGCCACCGUCCGUACGUGCCGACUCUUCUUCUAGCACGGCCACUACCGCCUCGUCUCUCUUUGAUGCCCCGCCGUCCUCUUCGCCCUGCACGUCGCCUGCGCCAUCCGACAAGGAAGACAGCGAUCCAUGCGUAUCGAGUCCCGUAUCGUCGCCUUCACCACCGCGGCCCGCCCACAGCACGCCCCAGACGACGCCCGGCCUGGCAUGGCACGCCGCUACGCCCGACGACGACAUGGCGCGUCGCUCUGCCUGGUUCCAGCGCUUCAAGUAUUCAGGCGCACGUGCGCGGCACAUCGUCUUGCCUGGGACAUCGCCGCACACGUCCACACCGCGCCUGGCGCUGGGCAAGCGCGCGUGUCCGACACCGACGUCGCCGUCCAAGCGCCCAGCGAUGGAUACCCCCAGCCGCGUACAUAAUGGCAGUGCCAAGCUUCUGCAGUUCCAGUAUAGGGAGUCGUAG